UCUUGGGGGAAACAUUGAAAAUGUAACGAAAUCAAAGCCCUCGAAACGAGAUUUGCAAUCAUCAAAACCCAAUUCCAAUUUUUGCAGAAUGCAAAAUUGAUUGCAACUCAUCAGCGGCAAUCGGGGAAAGACACAGAUCCAGCAUGCGAAGGAAAAAGAAAAGUGAAAGCCAAAUACGACUUUAAGCAUGGGCAAAGGUCCAAUAAUACCGAGCGAAAUGCUGCCAGUGCCGUGUUGUUCGUGUCCAUGUUGUGAUUACAUAAUGAGACGCAGACGCUGCUAAGAGUCAAAGUCAAAGGAGAAGUCCCCGCGUACUCGCGCCGCCGAGGAAAGUGCCAAGUGUAUGAAAACCAGCAAGCAAUAUCUCAACUCGCCACAAGUAAUUCCCAGCCGAAGCGACUAAAAGGGCGACUAGAAGAGCCCGAAAAAAAAACAAAAAAAAAAAAGAAAAAUACCCCGAGGAGCCACAGGACCUCAAGGAACCGAACUGAGCUAAGCAGAGCAGAGCCGAGCCCAGCUGAGAAGGAUGCCCUUCGGCCGCAAGUCCCCGCUGGAGGCGCUGGCCCUGCCCGGCGUGAUGCUCGCCUACAAAUACAGCCAGUUCCGCCAGCGUCGCCGGGAGGCCGCCAGCCGACGGGUCACCGAGCGCGAACUCUCGGCGCUGCACCAUAAAAUCGACAAGUUGCUGAGCAAACUCGAAGAGGAGAGCGAGCCGGAUCCACCUACCUCGCAGGAGGACGAGUGCGUAAUCUGCAUCAAUGCCCGGGCCACCAUGCAAACCUCGCCCUGUGGCCACCGCGUCGUGUGCCGGCGUUGCUUUGUCAAGACGAUCCAGAGCGCAGUGGCCCAGCGUCUGCUGCCACUGCGCUGCGUCAUCUGCCGGGCCAGGGUCAAUCGUCUGACCUCCUCCUCGGGCACCUGGCGCAUCCAAGAGUCGGCCAGCAGCUACUCGAUGGGCGCCAAGAGCUGGGCCUCCGCCGGUGUGGCCGCCGGCGGGGUGGUGCCCUCGGCCAGCUCCUACUCGAUGAAUGAUGCGCACAGUGGCCAUCAUACGUUCCAUCAGCCCACGCUGCACAAGGGCCGGCAUCACUAUGUGCCUGGUGCCACGCACCGGGGAGGCGGAGGAGGAGCCAACCAUGCCAGGGUCAGCCAAUCGGACAGCCUGUACUCAAUGAGCUCGACGGGAUCGGCGGGCUCCUCGGCCUCCGGUUACUCGCACUACUCCAAGACGUCUUCCAUAUCGAGCAGCGGCCCCUGCUCACCGGCCUCGCCGGCCGUGGCUUCCAGCUCCCAUCAUUUGGCCCCGCCCUCGCCCACCACGCACCAUCAUCACCAUCACCAUCAUCAGGCGGUGGCCUCGCCCACGCCCUCGGGCUCCUCCGGCAGCUCUCUGUCGCCCAGGGAGAACACUGGCUCGGGUUCUGGCGGCUCCCAUUCGCAUCACGGUGGCUGUCCCAGUGGCUGCUCCGGCGCCGUGCCAAGGAAACCCCUGCACACGCUCAACAACUCUGCCUCCACAUCCAUUUCUGCUUCCGCCUCAUCCUCCAGCAGCAGCAGUGGCGGUGCAGGGGCUGGACCAGGACCUGGACCUGGAAGCGGGAUGAGCGGGAUCAGCGGCAUGAUGACGCCCACGCACACGUAUCCGGGAAGGCGGCACGUGAAGAACCGACUGAUGGACAUCCACAACCGACUGCCGCCCAUCAAGGAGUUCCGUAGUCCGGCCAAGGUGCCGCAUCCCUCGCCCGUGCACGUCAGCAAUCCCAGAUUUCGUUACUCCACCUACACGAAGUCUAGUGCCCAUGAGCUGGCCCCGCUGCUGCGGGAGUCCGGUUCACCGCCACCUCCACGUCGCCCCAGUCCCAUGAACAUCCAGCUGAGCUGCUCCGCCCUGGCCCCGCCCCCCCUGAAGGCGGGCGGGGCAAAGAUCAGCCCGGUAACCUCAAAGAACUCGCUGCCCAAAAACGCUUACGUGAUGCCCAAGGACAAGAAGCCGCCAGCUUCGGUUCCAUCUGGGAAAACCAAUGGUGCUGCUACCGCCAGGACAAUUCCUCAAGGAGCAGGCUGCUCGCGGGCCUCGUCCGGAUGCGCUGCUCCGGCUGCAGGCUCAACUGGGCCGGGAGCCAAUGGCAAUGCCAGGCCCUCGACAAGCUCUUCCAGUCGCAGUUUUCCGCUUUUCUCCGCCGGCAGUAAUCAGAGAGAGAAGGCUGACAAUAAGAAGAACGAGUCCGUUGAGCGCAAGAAGAAGGAGGAGAAGCUCAAGCUGAAGGCUGAGAAGGAAGCCAGGAAGGAGGAGAAGCGCCUGGCCAAGGAGGAGGAGCGUCUGGCCAAGCUGCAUGCCAAGGAGGAGAAGAAGCGCGGCAAGAAGGAGGCCAAGGAGCUGCUAUUGGCCAACGAUGGCAACAGCAAGAAGUGAACCCAAUUAGCCAGCAAAAACAACAACAAAAAACGCAUAUUUCCAGUUGCAAUUCUAGCCUUAAGGACAUCACCAAGAGUACCCGUGUAACCAGGAGCCGGUGCCCGGUGCUAUAUCAAGAAUCCGAUCGAAUCACACACCUCAAGAAACCCCAUAUGAAACGAGCUUGAUUGUAUUUUUAGGAUCAUAUUUUCUCAGUUAGCAGUUAAUCCUUUGAAUGAGUUUCCAAGCCAAACAAAUAAUUUAGGGAAAGAGAGUUAUUUCCAAAGAGCACAAAGAGGAGUCUUAAAACUUGUUAAAAGAAAAAAAAAAUUCCUUUCAGAUCUAAUUUUAUUCAAAUAAUUAUUUAAAUUAAUUUAAUUAAGGGUUCAUCUUGACCCUAAGAAAACGAUGCCAAACAUUUGUAUGAAUGAUAAACUUUUGGCAAAAACUAUUAAAACAUUUAAUUCUUUGCUUCUUCCAUUAAGUUGUCUUUUAAUUAAAGCCGACAACUUUCAUAACUCUUCGCUGUAUAGAGAUUAUGCUAAGAGUAAGAUGAAAUCGCUGCCUUUCGUUCGAAGUUGCCUCAGCUCUCAGCUCAUCAUCUGUGUCCCAUAAUCAAUUUAAAAGGUUGUUGAAACUAUUUCAAUUUGUCACAUUCCGAUAGAAGUUUCCUAAAAACAAUAGAGAGAUUACUAAUACCUUUUUACUUUCGAGUUUCCAAAGAAUACUAGACCUAGACUACUAAAACGAUACUCCUAGGUAGAGAGCAAGCCUCGUCUCGAGCUAUAGAACCAUGACCACUCUUAAGGCAAACCAAUGUUAGAGCCAAGCUUUGGCAAGUGUUAGCCACAAUCCGGAUAAACUUACAAACUAUAUACCUAAACACAGAUUCGAUCAACCAAUAUGUUAACAUGUUGACUAACAAAUUACCAAAUGAGAGCGUAUUUAAGUAGUUUUCA